ACAAAAAUCACGAGAAGAUAUUUCAGUAAUGGAAAAGGAAAUGAUGCGACUAUUAGAAAUCAAUGAACAAUUAAUGCAAGGAAAAAGUGAUGCAGCAUUACGAUCACCCAAAUCUCAAAAUGAUGACAGUUUCUCUAGAAACCGAGCAGAUUCGUUGGAUUCAGGAUAUGUAUCUGGAAGCAUGCGCGUAACAAGCAAUACAGAUAGUGUCCUUCAAAAUAAAUUUUUACAACAAGAAAAUACUAUCUCUCAGCAAAAUAAUCUUAUCAAGUCUCUUCAAGACAAAAUAGAAGAACUUGAACGACGAUCACUCACUCUUGGAAGACCUGUCUCUGCAGAGCUUGAUGCUGUAGGAGGACUUAAUAAGAAAAUCGUGGCUAUUGAAGAAGACAAUCUUCAAAAUAGGCAACUCGUCGAUACUCUUGAAGAAUCCCUUAAUGAUGCAGAAAAACAUCUUCAAGUUGCUAAGCAAGAAUUGCAAGUACUACAACGUGACAAAUCAGAUCUUGUAAAUCAAGUAAAGAAUCUGAAAAAUCAAUUAGAAGAUGCAACAUUACACUUUGAAAAAACAAGAUCGACUGUUCAACAAGAAAAGAAAGCUAUCGAGUCAGUAUUGGAAGAAGAAAGAC